AUGGAAGGGCAUUUAUCACAGGGAGGUAUGGUUCCUGGUGGGGCUUCCUAUGGUGGCCUUGAUUUAGAAGGAUCGAUGAGGGUUCAACAUCAAACCCAACACCCACACACCAUACACCAACACCAUCCUCAUCCUCGUCAAGGGUCCUUGGCCCAUCCAUCGAUUCACGAGGGUUUUCCUCUCAAAAUGGGAACCAUGCAUACUUGUGACCAAACCAUCUCCAUGAUGGAUUACAAUAAGGGAGAGAGGUCCAAGAACUCAGCAAGUGAUGAGGAUGAGCCGAGUUAUAUGGAGGAUGGUACUGAUGGCCAUGCUGAAGGAAAUAGAGGGAAGAAGGGAUCACCAUGGCAGCGUGUAAAGUGGACAGAUCAGAUGGUGAAGCUUCUAAUCACUGCUGUAUCUUAUAUAGGUGAGGAUGCAAGUUCUGAUUGUGGUAGUGGGGGAAGGAGGAAAUAUUCUACUCUACAGAAAAAGGGAAAGUGGAAAUCUGUUUCCAAGGUCAUGGCAGAAAGAGGUUUUCAUGUUUCUCCGCAGCAGUGUGAGGAUAAAUUCAAUGACCUGAACAAAAGGUAUAAGAAACUUAACGACAUGCUUGGGAGGGGCACGUCUUGCCAGGUUGUUGAGAACCAGGCACUUUUGGAUGUGAUAGAUUACCUAACAGAGAAAGAAAAAGAUGAUGUUAGGAAAAUAUUAAGCUCAAAGCACCUAUUUUAUGAGGAGAUGUGUUCUUACCAUAAUGGGAAUCGUUUGCAUCUGCCUCAUGAUCCAGCAUUGCAGAAAUCCUUACAGCGGGCUCUUAGAAGAGAUGAGCAUGACAAUGAUGAUCCGAGAAGGCACCACCAUGAUGAUCUUGACGAAGAUGAUCAGGAUAUGGAAACUGAUGAGCAUGAAGACUUUGAGGAAAAUAAUGCUUCACAUGGAGAUAACAGGGGAAUAUAUGUUUUAGAAGACUCUGUAAAGAGGUUGAGACAAGGCCAGGGCCGUGAAGAAUUUAACUAUGGUAGUUCAUUGAAUCCCCAGGACUGUAACAAGAGUUCUUAUUGUCAUCCACCUAUUCCCCAAGCUGAUAUGAAUCAAGUCUUACCUGAUGGCACAAAAGCUGCCUGGCUACAGAAGCAAUGGAUUGAAUCUCGAUCUCUUCAGUUAGAAGAACAGAAGCUGCAAAUUCAAGUUGAGAUGUUAGAAUUGGAGAAACAGCAUUUCAAGUGGCAAAGAUUUAGUAAGAAAAGGGACCGUGAAUUGGAAAAGCUGAGGAUGGAAAAUGAGAGGAUGAAGCUUGAGAAUGAGCGCAUGGCAUUGGAAUUGAAACGGAAGGAAAUGGGGGCUGGAUUUAGUUAA